AUGGCACCAUAUUUUGAGACGGCUAAGUCUUUUGCAGAUGUUCCAAUUACUGAUGAGGGAGUUGAUACCGCUUCGUUUCUCGUGUCGUCGACUGACUUCGUCAACAUGUUCGGUCUUCUCGGUUCUGGGGUAUUUGCUUUCGUACAAGCUGAUCUUAAGAGCAAUAUCGGCGGUGUGCGAAGUCGGUAUGAGGCCACUUCCGAUAGGUCCACGACUUUGGAGAAACUAGUACUUUAUGAAGCGGAACGUCACGAAUGCCAUGGUACUGCUUGCCUAGUUCGGCUCAUCCGUGGGCUCCUCUUCGCUUGUCAGGCUCUGCAAAACAUGCAGAACGACGAUUCCUCGGAGCUACACAUCUGUUUCAAACGAUCAUAUGACACGAAUCUAAGACAUCACCACUCAUUUAUCGUUCGGUCUGCUGUUUCUGUUGCGAUCAGAGCAGUCCCCCAUAGACGCGACUUCUACAUCCGCCUGACUCAAGGUGGCUCGCAUGAGAAGUUCGAUGCUGAGCUAACGAAGUGGCUUGCUGGUUUGGAGACGAUUGUAAUGCGGAUGAAGGCAUUCUUGGAGAACGGAGGUUACGGGAGGGUAUGA